GCAUCCCCGCCGGCAGGCACGUGCACGUGUACGUGGAUGAGUGCCAGCACUUGCACGUGUCCAGUAAGAAGAGGAAGGUCCCCCUCCCCGUCUAAGAGGCAGUUGCAAACAAAUUCUAGUUGCCACAUGACCACAGGACCCAGGCCUGAUUGGCUCUCCUCACUGAAGAACUACUAAAAUCCUUCUAAUCAGGAGAGCAGACAUGGAUGUCGUCUCCUUGCUCCUCUCCCCCAUCCUGCUCCUCCUGCUUAUCCUCCUUUCCUCCCUCCCUUCCUGCUCCUCCUCCAUGCUGUGUCCUAAGCGGUGCACCUGCCAGAACCUGCUGCCAUCCUACACCGUGCUAUGCGCCAAGACGGGCCUCCUCUUUGUCCCACCCAACAUCGACCGGCAGACAGCAGAGCUCCGGCUAAUGGACAACUUCAUCACCACGCUGAGGCACCGUGACUUCGCCAACAUGUCCAGCCUGAUCCACUUGACUCUGAGCAGAAACACCAUCAGUCAGAUCCGGCCAUACGCCUUUGCUGACCUGCAGGAUCUGCAUGCGCUCCACCUGGACGCCAACCGGCUCACCACGCUGGAUGACUCACACUUCCAGGGCUUGGUCAACCUGCGGCACCUGAUCCUGGCCAACAACCAGCUGCACAGCAUAUCAGAGGGAGCUUUCCAGGACUUCCUGGAGACUCUGGAGGACUUAGACCUGAGCUACAACAAUCUGGUGGAUAUUCCCUGGGAGACGAUCGCCCUGCUGGUCAGCGUCAACACUCUCAGCCUCGACCACAACCUCAUAGAGAGCGUCCCCGAGGGAAUCUUCUCCAACCUGCACAAGCUGGCCAGACUGGACAUGACGUCUAAUAAACUGAAGAAGAUUCCUCCAGACCCGUUGUUCCUAAGGAUCCCGGUGUACGCAAAGAUGAAGGGGUCUCCUCUCACAGCACUGGUGCUGAGUUUUGGUGGAAAUCCUUUGCAUUGCAACUGUGAGCUGGUCUGGCUUCGCAGGCUGACCAGAGAGGAUGAUCUGGAGACCUGCGCCUCACCUAAAGACCUGGCCGGCAAAUACUUCUGGACCAUCAGAGAGGAGGAGUUUGUAUGCGAACCACCGAUGAUAACCCGUCACACCUCCAAGAUGUUUGUGAUGGAGGGUCAGGAGGUGAGCCUGCGCUGCAAGUCAAUUGGAGACCCUGAACCCUCCACCCACUGGGUGAGUCCAGAUGGAAAGCUGAUCGGCAAUACGUCCAGAACUAUCUGCUACGAGAACGGUUCACUGGACAUCCUCAAGGCCUCUGUCAAGGAUUCUGGAAAGUUCACCUGCAUAGCAUCCAACGCAGCAGGGGAAGCCACUGCUCCUGUCGAGUUAGUCGUCAACCCUUCGCCACACUUUGACCCCAAACUGGACCCCGACCCAGGCCCCUCGGACAUCCCUACUUCCAUCAAGUCCAACAUGAGUGGGGGCCAGGCCCGGUCCGACCAGCAGAGGGUCAGCGUGUCAGAGCUGACAUCCAGCUCGGCCACCAUCAGGUGGCCUCCACAGAACCACAUUCCUGGAGUCCGCAUGUACCAGAUCCAAUACAACAGCUCCACAGACGAUAUACUCAUAUAUAGGAUGAUCCCGGCUAAUCACAAGUACUUCCUGCUAAGUGACCUGGCAUCAUCGCGAGACUAUGAGCUGUGUGUGUUGGCUGUGUAUGAUGAUGGUGUCACCACACUGACGGGCACCAAGCUGGUGGGCUGUGUGUCCUUCACCACUGAGACCGAGUAUGGACGCUGCCACUCCAUACGAGACCAGUUCUUGGGCGGCACCAUGAUCAUCAUCAUUGGUGGGAUCAUCGUGGCCUCGGUGCUAGUCUUCAUCUUCAUCCUGCUGAUGAAAUACAAGCUGCACAGUAACCACUACAAGCAGAAGGCUGCCGCUCGUCACGCCAACGUCUGCUCCCAGACCAAUGGAGGAGGAGGGGGAGGAGGAGCCACCGUGCUCACACUGCCUCCCUCCUCCUCUUCUGGAGGCCAAGGCGGCGGCUCCAGUAAAAACUCCCAACCAUCAUCAUCACUGGCAACAGAGGGAAUCGGAGGGGCUUCUCUCCGAGGGACAACUGUAGUGGACUUAAACCCUGCCCAUGACGACGAUGCCAUCUCCCAAUAACACACAAGAAACUGUCCAUUAAAACCACAAACCCACCCAUCUCUAAGCCCAAACAAAUACUCCAACUCCCUCCCUCCUUGUUUUUGAUUUGUUGCUGGUGCCCGGAGCCAAACUCUGAUUUAUACCAAGGAUGGGCUCCUGUCGUUGAUUUACUUCAGCUUCACAGCACUGGAGGGAGAAGAGAGAGAGGUGAAUUCUGCUACCCCAGAAGGCUAUGUGGUCAGAUCCUUCCAGUAAACCCCAGUGAGACGAGAUUUGACCCAGCAUACUGCAUGAGACUCCCUCCAGAACCAGAUGGGAUGUGUGGAUCAGAGAACCUGUAGGGGAACCCACCCAUCUGUAUAUGCAACCUAAUAAAAUUCUCCCGGGAUGAAAGCUGCAUCACAUCAAUCCGGUGGCAUUGGACCCCUUGAUCUAUGUCAGGGUCUGAACCCUGCUGAUGUAUGGAGCUUCAAACCUACGGAUCUGUGGAGCUGAGGAUCUUAGGGAAUAUGAUUUUGAAUCUUUCCCUAACUCUGAUGGAAGUAUUGAAUGGGGCUCUGACAGACAUUGGUUUGAAUCCUUCCCUGCUUCAUAUGGAAUAAUCCGACCUUUGGCAGAUUCUGCAUGAUCCAGGAAUACACAGUUUGGAUUAUUCAGGAUUUGGGACUUGACAAUUUCAAGCAGUUUCCUGGAAGGUCCUUUUUGUGGUUUCACACUUGCUGAUGGUUGGUGGCACCGCUCUUCUCCCUCUCUAGCAUACAGUCAUAUGCCAAAGGAUUACUACAGUUUUACUACAGCAUUAUUCCGAUAUUGUUUGGGAGAAAUAAUAUUGACUUCUGAAGCACAUCUAUAUCUCCUAGCAGUUGAAGAGAAUAUACAUGUUUGGUCUUGGACUGAAAAAUAUGAGCACAUUGUCAACGUCUUGUCUCAAAGCAUUAAUAAUAACAAGCUGUUGAACUUAACAGUGAACUCUUCUGGCACUUUAAUUGUAUGUUUUCAUCUUAUCCACCCCCACCCCACCCUCUUUCUCUUUCUCUCUCUCUCUCUCUCCCUCCCCUUCUCACUUUUGUGGACAAUUGAAUAGUAUACUCUCCAGUAUUAUCAAUCUAACUCUUCCGGCUGUGGAUGAUUUAGAUGAUAUUGAAAUAAUCAGUGUUUGCGUCCAUGGUGGAUUGGUUCUCUCGAUGUUGGAUUAU